AUGGUGUACGCAUUAGAGAAACUCGGUAUAAAGGUGCAAUGGCCGCAAAAGAUGAGGUCAGAUCCCAUCACUCGGAAGUCAAACGCUUUCUGUGAAUUUCACCAAGAAAGGGGUCACAAAACCGAAGAUUGCAUAGGACUGCGGCAGGAGGUAGUGCGAAUGCUGAGCCAAGGACUCCUAAAAGAUUUGUUGAGAAAUAGAGGACGGGCUAACUUCGCCCGCGGACGUGAACAACCCCAGAGACCUCAAAAACCGCCCUUUCCCGCUCGCACUAUACAGAUGAUCAUCGGCGGGGGCGAUGGAGCAGCAAUCAAUCAUGUCAAGUUCACCACCACACAUAAACUCAAACGAUCAAUCACCCAUGAAUGGUAUGAUGACCUCGAAGACAGUAUCAUCUUCGAUAAGCCAGAUGCCGAUGGUUUGUCUUUCCCUCACUAUGAUGCUCUUCUUAUCACUUUACGUAUUGCAGAUACUGAUGUAAAAAGAAUAAUGGUGGAUGACGGGAGCGGCGUGUGUAUUAUCCAUCCUCGAGUCCUCAUACAGAUGAGACUUUAA